UACCCUGAAUGCCAUACAAAUGCCUAACAGCUGAUACUGCGAACACAUUGCAUCCUUCCUUCGCAUUUGUUGCUUACCGCUUAAUAGCGUCUUCUUUCUGUUUAAAUUGAAUCAGCUAUGUCAACAAAUUUAGUUUGAUUUCUUCACUUUAAUGAGUGUUCAAUUCAUAAGAAGAGCGCCUCAUCUGAUUCCCAUCAUGAAAGCUGUUUUACAACACCAAGGCUCUAUAAAUCUAUCCCUCGAUGAGUGUGAUUUAGAAAGAACUUUGCUUGGAGGACAAAGUUUUCGAUGGCAAUCAAUUUGUGAUGGAAAUAGUACAAAAUACAGCGGAGUCGCUUUCAAUAUUUACUGGGUGCUUCAGCAGGAAAAAUCCUGCAUUACUUACGAGGCUUACGGAAGUAGCUCUCCAUCGAAUAAACUAGACUACACAUCUUUAAUAUCAGAUUAUCUACGAGCUGAUUUCGAUCUUAAGCUAAACCAAAAAGAUUGGUUGAACAAAGAUGAGAAUUUUGUGAAAUUUUUAAGUAAACCUGUCCGUGUACUUUCCCAAGAGCCCUUCGAGAAUAUAUUCAGCUUCCUUUGCAGUCAAAAUAAUAAUAUUAAGAGGAUAUCAUCAAUGAUUCAAUGGUUUUGUUCGACUUUUGGCAACAAGAUUGGCAAUUUCAAUGGUUCCGAUGAGUAUACAUUUCCCACGAUAAACAGAUUCAAAGACAUUCCAUGCGACGAUCUUAAUGCUCAACUAAGAGCUGCCAAGUUCGGUUAUCGGGCCAAGUUCAUUGCACAAACUCUCAAGGAGAUUCAGAAAAAGGGUGGACAAAACUGGUUUAUAACACUUAAGAGUUUGCCUUUCGAAAAAGCUCGCGAGGAAUUGACACAACUUCCAGGAAUCGGUUACAAAGUCGCCGAUUGCAUCUGCCUUAUGUCCAUGGGUCAUUUGGAAUCCGUUCCCGUCGACAUUCAUAUCUACAGAAUAGCCCAGAAAUACUAUCUGCCACAUCUAGCGGGCCAAAAGAACGUUUCCAAAAAGAUCUACGAAGAAGUUUCAAAUCAUUUUCAAAAAGUUCACGGCAAAUAUGCGGGUUGGGCUCAAGCGAUUCUUUUCUCUGCGGAUUUGGGACAAUUUCAAAAGAUACCUGCCGAUGAUUCUAAAAAGAAAUCGAAUAAAAAGCUUAAAAAAUGCUAAUUUAAACUAAA